AUGGGUGCCUACAAGACUCGCAUCUCCAAACUAAGUGACUGUCCGCUUCACGACUACCCCGUUGGCGAUGCACUCUUCCUAUCUCAUCGGUUUCACGCCACCCUUAUCCGGACUAAUAACAACUCUUCCGGCUCUUCGUCUGGUUAUUACGCAAACACACCGACCAUGCUGCUGGCAUUCUCAUGUUUUAUGACCCUCACACGCACAUAUUCGGUCAUUUUCGACUUCCUGCUCGAGCAAUACCCCGAAUGCUCGAAGUCAUUAUGCCUUUGCUCCGGCUGGAACCCUGCAAAGAAGGCCGUCACCAUGCUCCUCAAGUCCUUACGCGAUACUGAGGCCUUCCUCGCACUACCGCAGAAUCUGAGAGCCGUCGCAGCUACAGAAACAGACUUGCAUAUAGAACUAGUGCCAAAGGCGACAGAGAACCUGUCAUUGUUUGGAGACAGUUCAAUGGCCAUGCCGACCAACGAUUACCUGUACAAAGCGAUGGAAUCGCAGGCGAAGCGGCUCCGGGACCAGAUAGAAAGGGCCGAGGCGUUGUUGAAAACAUGGAGAGCGCUGUGCAGCCACACUCCUCCAGCUUCACCUCGGGAAGGAUAA